AUGGACACCAGCUCCGGCGGGGUGCCGUCGUCGAGCUACUACCACUACCGCCUGAGUUCAUCGACGCCCAUCCCCUCUUCUUCGCCUUCUUCAACCACCUCCAUGCCCAUGUACAGCGGCGGCUCGUCGUCGCCCUACAUUCCAGCCAACGCCACCUCCUCCUCGAGCCCGCACCUCUCGUCGCCGCCCUCGUCCUACACCGCGCCCUCGUCCAGCGCGUCGUCGCCCAUGUACGGCGGCAUGUCGUCGUCAUCCCCUCACCUCCCUGCCUACGCCACGUCACCACCGUCGUCGUCGAUGCCCUAUAGCCACGCGGUCUACGGCUCGUCGGCCAGCUCGCGCUCGUCGGCGGCGUCGCCCUAUCCGCCCUAUCCCACGCCGCACCCGGCAUACGCCAGCGGUUCCUCCGGGUCGUCGCCGGCGCCGCCGCCCAUGUCGGCCUACGUGCAGUCGCCGUCGUUCUCCUACCAGCCGCGCCCGGCGUCGGCACCGAUCGUGCCGCCGCACGCGCAGCCGGGGGGCAGCUACGCCCACUACUACUCGUCGUUCCGCGCGCCCAUGGGCUCUUCUUCGUCGCUUUCGCUCUCCGCGCCGGCCUACUCCAUGACGUACGCGCCUUCGUCUUCAUCAUCACCUUCGCCGUUCCCGCCGUCGUCAUCGAUGUCGGCAACGACCUACGGCGGCGGCUACGGCCCGUCAUCGACGACCGGUGCAGCUCCGCCACCGCCGGCGGCGUCGAGCUACUACUCGCCCUACGCCGCAGGACCGCCGUCCGCGUCAUCAUCGUCGCCCGGCUACGGCUAUGCUGCGUCGUCCUACGCGUCCCCGGGUAACAACCCGUCCACGCCAUCAUCGUCGACCCACACCUACCCGCCGUACUACUACGCCAGCUACUCGCCCUACCCGCUCUCCGCCUCGACGCCCUCCCCGUCGCGCCACACCUACCCAUCGCAGCCGUCGCACGCGCAGCCGUCGCCGAGCGAUCCGGCCCACGGCGUAGUGCCACUGGGGCCAUCGUCGCUAUCAUUGCCAGCGCCAGCAUCAGCUUCGGUCGCGUCAGUCUCGGCGACAUCAAGCAAUACCUGCGACUUUGGCGAUCCGAUGAGCAUCGCGCUGCGACGACUCAGCAGCAGCAGCGGCCACAACGGCGGACAUCGCCGCAGCGGUCGGGCGCAGAGAUUCCGCUGCCCCAAUUGGAGGCUGUCGCCUAGAAUGCCAUCGCCGCCGCCCUCGUCAGGCAGCGAACCAUCAACCGGUGUGCCGCCCGCUGCCACUGCCCCUGCCACUGACACCGGCAGUGCGCCGCAGUCGGUUCAGCGGAUCAAGCGCGAGGCGGCGCACGGACCCGACGGCAGCGCACCAAAGGCGCCGAGGAAGCGCACCACCAAUUCGCUCGUCAAGUCGCUGAGCGAGGCCAGGAACGGAAAGCCACGGGCCAACACCACCGCCAUCGCCGGCACCGGUGUGGUACCGCACGGUGCCGGCAAUGGUGAGGACAGCGACAACGACGUCGGCGGCUGCGGCGAGGACUUCACCAUGGUGCACGAGUGGACCGACAUCGAUGAUGCCAUCCUGCUCGCCGCCAUCCAAGCUUCGUCUUCGAUCGAAGACGUGGUGCGGAAGGGGUACUUGACGAACCACUUCACGGCCGAGGAGAUCAAGGCCCGCUGGCACGCGAUCCUCUACGACCAGCCCACCGCCGAGGCGUGCGCUGCCCGGCUGGCCGAGAUCGAGUUUGACCUGCCGCUGUUGGCCUACUUGGAGCAACGGCCACCGCACGUGGCCAGCCCGGAUAAGCCCCACGAGCUCCCGCCCGCAGAGGUGAAAAAUACGGCAGAGGUCGACGCCUCGUCUCACGCGCCUCCGGGAACUUUCGCAACGGCCUCUUCUGCCUCCACCUCUGCCUCCACCUCCACCUCUGUUCCUAUCUCCUUUACAACUGAAGAAUUGGACGGGCUCCGCUUUUCCGAGAUGGAGGCGAAGCUGCUGGCGGCCGUGCCUCACUCCACCCUCGAUUUCUUCAGCCGCAUCGCCCGCAAGGAAGCCUACUGGCGGGAGGGAGAGCGGGUGCAGGAUCAGAUCCUGCGGGUGGAGAACGAGCUGAAGCUGAUCACAGAGAAGAAGCUCAAGAUGCUGGCCCUCCUGCGCGGUCGCUACCUCCGCUACGAAAUGAAGAGCAAAGAGAUCGUGCUGGGCCGCACGGCCGGCGAUGCGGUCGUGGAUGUGGAUCUCUCCGAGGAGGGCGACGCAGCGAAGAUAUCACGACGACAGGCGGUGAUCAAGCUGAAGCGGGACGGGGAGUUCUAUGUGCACAACGUGGGGCGAGCCACCAUCUUCGUCAACGGGCGAUCCGUUCCCACCGGGAAGCGAAUGCGCCUCACGCACUGUUGUCUCGUCGAGAUAGCGUUCAUCUUCGAAAUCAAUCGCUCCCUGCACGCCAAGCUCAAGGCGGGCCUCACGGCCAUCACCACCAGCAUCGGCGCCGCCACUUGA